AUGAAUCGGGGUGGUAAACUCGCUCCCGAAGUCCAGAGAGUUCUGUUCGUGAAGAACUUGAGCUACAACGUUUCUUCUGAGGAACUAUUUGACCUCUUCGGAAAGUUCGGUCCAAUCCGUCAAAUUCGCCAAGGAAUAGCAAACAACACCAAGGGAACCGCGUUUGUAGUUUACGAAGAUGUUAUGGACGCGAAGACAGCGUGCGACAAAUUAAACGGUUUCAAUUUCCAGAAUCGUUACCUUGUUGUAUUAUACCAUCAGCCUGAGAAGAUGGCGCGUGCAGAGAACGAUCUAGCGAAACGCCAGGAAAGUUUAGAAAAGCUUAAGAAACAACACGGAAUCGAUUAA